GCUCUUCAUGUCCGUGUCUCCUUAGGUAGGCUUCCGACUCAAAACCUCUCGAAGAAAAUAUUCUCCAGCUCCGGUCCGGGCAGACAAGUUCAGCUGCCAGCAGGCAUGCAGUCCACUGCAUGCAGUCUCAGACAUCUACUGUCUGUCCGCGAACGGUUGAGCGUGAGCACCACCGACUGCGGACACGUUCUAGACUUUUCACCGGGUGCAGAUAACACCGCAGGGUCUGAAUUCGCGUCCUGACCUAGUACUACGGCGAGGUCACUUGUCCUGGACUCGCUUUGUUCACUUUCCCCGGUUUCAUGGCUUCCUAGCGGGUGGAGGUUAUUCUUGCCUUGUUUGAAUCCGGACUUCCGGUACCUUGUAUUGUCAACACUACGUGUGUUAGUGGUAAGGCGGACAACCAGAGAGGGAGGGUGAGAGUACAAAUCGGAAACGUGCCACAUUCCACACUACACCGUUUGUUGCUUGCGGAAUGUGAGGCGUGACCUUAUGCCUCAGCCUUAUCCCACCGACCGCAAGGUCGAAAAAGAUCAUUCUUAUACUAAGGCAAGGCUGCUAACAUGUUCCGAACAUCAUAAUCACAGUGUCCGCAACCAGACUGUGCACUCUCUUCGAGAUAUUGACCACUGCUCGGCAUCAAAGAGACAUAAUGCCCAGUACUCGCAUCAAAUUGACCGUUUCCGGCGAACUCACAGGUUUUGCGUUGUCCAUUGUUGCCUCUGAUGAAACCAUCCACGCUUCAACGCAAGCGGACAAGACCUCUGCUAUAAUGGACUUUCCUUUUAUCCUGCAUCGACCACCUUGUUUUGCCGAGUUUCUCGUGUCCUCAUUUAUGCGUGCACACCCUGUCGUCUUUCACUACUUGUCUUGUUCUUUUCGAUCACCACUCUGUCUAUUUUCUUCUUUAUCGUCUACCAGCAACAUUCGCCAAGAUGGUGACAACUAGGUCUGCCACUCCAAAUAAUGGUGGAAACUCCCCCAGGGCUCCUGCCCGGAAGAGAGCAAAGACUACAAAUGCUCAUGCCACAUCGUCUGGUAACUCUGCACCUCCUCCAACGACGCCGACCGGAACAACCCAACAAGCCCCUCCAAAUGCGCCCGCAACUGCUUCCGGGCAGGUUAGUCCGGCAACAUCUACUGGACCCGACUUUCACCUGCCCCGGCCUGUUCCCGUUGACACCAUUACUGCAUGUCGAACAAAGAUACCUCGAAACACGUCCGUGCGGGGGUUCCAGAACGAUAAAUUUGAAUGCUACUUCAAUGCCAUGAUUGUCAUGCUGCUCUCAAGCCGCAGACUCAUGGCCUGGAUUGAAGCCAAAUACAUACCGAUCUUGAUGAACGCGGAAGUAACAAUAAAGACUAACGUUGCAGCCGCUCUUGCAAGCCGGGAAACGUCCGAACCAGAUCCCCUCCAAGCAAGCUACACUGAUGCGUUGUGCGAGUUGCAUGCGCUCGGCGAGGUUUACUGGUCACAGUCGGAUGACGACGUGCUAGAGUUGGCGCGAAAGGCAUUCUUCGCUUACGUUGGUAAGGAGAUCACUGCGCUACCCGGCAGAGAUUUCUGGGACCCGAACGAGCAGCAAGACGCUACCGAGUUCUUGAACUACUUUAUGGAGAUUGCUGAGAGGCAGCGCCUGGAAUAUUUCGGAGAGCUCAUGCAAGAGCGGAGACGGAGCCAAAGCCCGGACCCAAUUGACAUCGAUGCUAUGGCAAAGUAUAUGGAGGUAGGAGGGCUAGACGUGGGUCUAGUGACCGGGCUCUCACAGACUAUGCGUAUCCGAUGCAACAUGUGUGGUACGCUGCCUGGCCAGCCGACCAUGACGCGCAUCCAGACCUUGUACGAGAUGGAAUCGUGGCCUCUGUCGUUCGGCGACUUGUCUGCUGGUAUUGUCCCUCCUGCCAAUGGUAAGGGCAGGGGCAGGGGCAGGGGCAGGGGCAGAGGCAGAAGGAGAGCAAAGGGUAAAGCACCAGAACAAGUUGGCCCACCUGUGCCUUUGGAAGAUCUGAUCGGAAAUGACAUGCGGGGCCAACAGGAAGGCUGGCUAUGUGGGCGCUGCCGACCAUACAUCAUCGACCAAACACACGCAGCCCGACUGGCUGCCGCCGGAGACGACGCCGACGAGCAAUUAAAAGCUCAGAAGCAGAAUGAGGCCGAGAUCGAUGGCUUGGCCCGUAACCAGACCAUCAAUCGCAAACGAUUCUGCAAGCUUCCCGAAGUGCUGAUCCUAACUAUGACACGGUUUCAAUUGGUUGGGGAGGACUACGAGAAGGACAACACCAAAGUUCAAUUCGGCGAGGUGCUGGAUCUGACGCCCUACCUCGAACACCAUAACCUUGGCCAGGAUCCAGUUGAUCGAUCUUCGGCCAAGUAUCGGCUCAUCGCGAUCAUCAGCCAUAGAGGAGACAGGGAAGCCGGCCACUAUAUCAACCACGUGCUAGCCUACAAGAACCCCCAAACGGGCAUGGGCUCAUUCACAGAGGUCGACGAUGAUACGGUCGACACAGAAUUUGAUUUGGACGACGUCUUGAAGUCGCAGGACCGAGACUUCACGCCUUAUGUUUUCCUCUACGAGAGGAUUGUCAAUGCUGAUGAUGCCGACCAAGGGGCCGAGAAGGACCCGGAAAAGCGCAACACCCCACCCAGGCAGUCUACGCCAGCAGUGACUGGCACAAAAUUCAAGGUCGACAAGGCCGAGACAGCAAACUGGUAUGAGACGCUCGUUACCAUCUCGGCCACGGUGAAAAAGCAACUGGUCAACUUUCCUCCCUUUGUGCUGGAACCCAAGUUGCCUACCACCAACGGUGGUUCUACGACGGUCGAACUGAAGAAGGGCGCUUCCAGUGCCACGGUGAUCAUGGAGAAAAAGGGGCCCUCGAACCUCAUACUCACGAUAAACAACCGAACCCCCCAGGAUGGUGCCGGUGCCGGUGCCGCCACUGGCGCCACUCCCACUGCUGUGUCGAGAUCGCGGGCUCAAACCCCAGCACAGGCACCUGCCACCACGACCACCACCAGUCCCAUUGCUGUGUCGAGAUGGACGGCGAUCAACCGAACGCCCCAAGAUGGUGGUGCUCCCCCUACUGCUGCCACCCCCACUGCUGUGUCGAGAUCUCGUGCUCAAACCCCGGCAAGAGCCGUCACCCCAGCUCCGGCACCACCGGCACCCACGAGGGUCACCAAGAGGAAGCGAGCUGCGACGCCUACAGGUUCCACGAGCCCGCGCCAAUCCAAGAGACAGAAGGCCGCACCAGCGGCUGUUGCAUCGACCGCUCCGCCGGACAAUAGCAUCGAUGUCUCAGGUACAGCAGGAACAAGAGCUGCUCCUCACGGUCCUCUAGGCCUGGGUCGCGCUGGUCAAGACGGCCGUGGUGGUCGAGGCGGUCAAGGCCGGGGUCGUGGUCCUGGUCGAGGCGGUCGAGGCGGUCGAGGAGCCGCGCGCGGCGCCCCCCAGGCCAGGAUCCUAAAUUCGAGUCCGUUCAACCAGGCCCGCCGAUCCGACCCGGCGUACACGUCUCUUGUGCAGGGUCGCUUUAAUGUCGCGGAUCGACUGCGAAAUGAUUGGGAUGACAACAGUGACAAUGACGAGGCUGAUGAUGAUAAUGUCACUCGUACUCCCAAGUCUCGCAAUCACACGACCGCGGUCAAACGCAAGAAUGUGACUUGGGCAGCAGGACUUGACAACGACAGUCAUACCGAAGAAGGUUCUGUCACUGCUACCGAGGGAACUCUUUCUGAUGAGGAUUUGUCCUUUGGUCACGGCCGACGCGGCGUCCGUGUCGUCGAGUAUCGCUCUCUCCCGGAUUAUAUGCGCGAUGUCAUGCAGAUGCAGAUGCAGAUGAGUCAAGCUGGUAGCCGACGACGUGGUGUGACUGCCGAAAUGGAUGACGAGAGCGAGACUGAGUUUGAGGGUCUGGAGGAAAUGGGUAUGGAGUGAGUGAUUGAUGGAUACCUCCUGAAUGCGAGAUGGGGAUGUGUACCUACCUACAGUACCUCCUCGCUCUCAGGUCUACAGUCCUGGGUAUUGGGGCAUUGGGGAAAGGCAAUAAUAGGUAAUGAUAAGGUAAGGCUGUUUCCGUCCCUUAGUUGAAAGGGGUUGUGAGGACGUGCGCCGGGCCUGAGUUAAAGGAAAACCAGAACAGAAACAUCACCGGUCGGUUUAGGCCGGGCUCUAAUAGACUCUGAUAGAUUUUGUGCUUUUGCAUGAAUUUUUGAUAGUAAGUAAUUCAGUGUUCUUUUUUUACCCCG